AUGGCGGAAGACAAAGCACCCGAGGUUGUUGAUUACACCCUCAACAACCCCGAUACCUUGACCAAGUACAAGACCGCUGCGCAAAUUUCUCACAACGUCCUUGACGCUGUUAUCGCUCUUUGCUUGGAGGGAGAGAAGAUCGUCGAGAUCUGCCAGAAGGGUGACAAGCUUCUUGAGGAGGAAAUCGCCAAGGUCUACAAGGGCAAGAAGAUUGUCAAGGGUAUCUCUCACCCCACAACUGUCUCUCCUAGCUCCUAUGUGACUCCCUACACCCCUCUGGUGUCCGACGCCGCCGAGGCUGAGAUUGCCCUGAAGGCCGGCGAGGUUGUCAAGAUUCAGCUUGGUGCUCAGAUCGAUGGAUUCGGAACCAUCGUUUGCGACACAGUUGUCGUUCCCAAGAAGGACUCCCCCAAGGAGCCUGUAACCGGCCGUGAGGCUGAUCUCAUUAUCGCUACUCACUACGCCAACGAGGUUCUCCUGCGCCUCAUGAUUCCCCAGGGUCUUUUGGCUCAGGGUACCGACGAGGAGAAGAAGAAGGCCGCGGCUCAGAAGGCCCCUACUCAGGCCUACAUGUCUUCUCUGCUCGAGAAGAUCGCCAAGACCUACGACUGCAAUGUCGUCGAGAACACCACCAGCUGGAUGUUCGGCCGCAACGAGAUUGAGGGCGAUAAGAAGAUCAUUCUCUCCCCCGGUAACGGUGUCCGCGGUGACGGUGUCCCCGAGGUCGGCGAAGUUUGGGGUGUUGAGGUUGGCCUCAGUCUGGGAUCCGGCAAGGUCAAGAACCUCGAGCACCGUCCUACCCUGCACCGCCGUACCACCACCACUUACGGCCUGAAGCGCCCUAGCUCCCGCCAGACUCUGUCUGAGGUUGUCAAGAAGUUCGGUACUUUCCCCUUCAGCUUGCGCCAGCUUGAUGACGAGAAGGCCGCCAAGGUUGGUGUUGUUGAGUGUGUUCGUGGCGGUGUCCUGCGCCAGUACGAGCCUGCUGGCGAGACUGACGGUUCCCCCGUCUCUCGUCUGCUGACCACCGUUGCCAUCACCAAGAACGGUCUCACCAAGCUCGCCGCUCCCAAGCCCGUCGAUCUCGAGCAGAUCAAGUCUGACAAGAAGCUUGAGGAUGAGGAGAUCCUCAAGAUUCUCGAGCAGCCCCUUACCCGCUCUACCGGCAACAAGAAGAACAAGAGCAAGAAGAAGACCAAGACCACCGGCGGUGACGAGUAA